AUACUUCAAUAGUUAGUUGAGUUCCAGUCAUUGGAAAGGAAUCUUGGAGCGAUAAUGCAACAAUUGUUGGAUGCUGCAGUCUUUGAAAUGAAGCCUAUCAGAUCGCACUUGGCAUUAAAUGGCAAAGGCACAUUUGUACUGUAACUAAGAAAUUCAACAGCGUUCGGAAUACUGAUGACUGAAGACGGAGGAAGAAAGGACUUCGAAGUCGCUUACAACUGACUUACACUAAUGUUUACAAAGAAGAAAAUCUGAGAGGGAGAGAAAGAGAAAGAGAAAGAGAGAGGUCGAAACACAAGUAGGAAGAUAAGCAGACGGGGCCGCGGAUAAGAUAAGCAACAGAAAGGAUUCAGAAUUUCAGUGUCGGGAAGGCAGCCGGACUGUACGCUUAAGCUGGAACAUCGCUCCCAAGAGUCUUACCAGUGUAUAAUUAUUAUUCUCACUACUUCCCUGUUUUAGCCAAAGAAUUCACCUGCCAGGAGGUAGAUCGAGAAUAUGGCGAGUUCCCGCUGAUGUUAUCAACAAGAACAUUCUUAAGGGAAGGUUCUUGUAAGGAGUUUGCAAGUUGUUUACAUUGAGAGAGAUGCGGAAACACCACUCUGAAAAGAAGUAAUAUUGCAGUAGUACUAGGCUUCGCUUUUAAACUUACGUCGAUAAGGGAGGAUAAAAUCCAACUGGAGUAUUUGUUUGAUUACUAACGCUAUCAAUGAGAGAAUAAGGAAUGGUCAAAGAUGGCGACCACUCGCUCGGACAUAAGCAGUAAGAGUCUGCCGAUUCUCAACCCCGUUUUCGACCAAGAAGUAUCCUUGCCGGCAACGCACCUGGGUCAUGUGACCUACUCAGAUAUUCAUCGUCAAACUCCAGGUACCGUUCAUGUCAUCAGCGGCCGCCCCAUUGUACAGCCUGUAGUGAUCAAUGGACCGCGAUGCCCUUAUUGUGGUAUGGGAGUGCUACAACCUCAGUUCACCCUGUGCGGCCUUUUAUUCGCCCUCUUCUUCUUCCCCUUCGGCAUCAUCCUUUGCUUCCUUCUUAGAGAAAACAUCUGCACGAACUGCCACCUGGCCUUUGCAUAACGAAGGAUGCUCCUCUAGCUCAUGACCUCGGAACUAGCUGACGAUGGAAAUACUUUGGAUUUUUCUCUCUGCUGACAACCUGAAAGGAGGAGGCAGGAACCAGAAUCCUAUAGGAUCUUGUUAAAAGCUGACUGCCCUCCAAGGAACCUUUCAACAAUCCUUGCCAAGUCUCACCUAUCUUGACAGAUUUCAACAAAAUACUCCCAUAUUCAUGACAUCCAUAUUUCUUGAAGGGAAGGUUCCACAAACAUGGUGCUUAUGUAGAUAACUAUUCAUCAUUCAUCAUCAUUAUCAUUCAUCUUUUAUGCUUUUAUCGGCACUGGGAAAAUGUAUUUCACAUUAUGCAAAGUUUUAAACAAGAAUAUUGUGGAGAAACUUUACAUGAGUAUCUUGCAUUAACUUUUCUGUGAUUUUAAUAUGUAAUAGUCUUCUAUCUUGGGAGAUAAUUAUUAUUAUGACGUAGGAUAAGGUAGAUUUAAGUGGAAAAUAUAAGGCAUUUAGUUUGUAGUGUGCAUUGAAGUGUGUGUAACAGUAAUAUGACUUGACGAGCCAAGUAUGAACGAGGAUGAAAUGUUAACGAGUUAUGCGAAUACUUGCUAAGGAAAAUAAAUAUUUCUUACCAGA